CACCUGUGUCCCACCACGGAUGAUGGAGGAGGGUUAAUUUUGCGAUAUGUUGAACCAUAAAAUCAUCACAGCUUCGUCUGGACAGAAAAACGUCACUCUGACAUGUCGCACUCCUGACAACAACAACAUAGUUGUGAAGUGGACCAAAGCUGACAUGAAAUCAGAAUAUGUGCUUUUGUACCGAGAUGAAGUGUUUGUGCCAGAUGAUCAGCAUCCAUCUUUUAAGGACCGGGUGGAUCUGCAGGACAGACAGAUGAGAGAUGGAGACGUGUCUUUGAUUCUGGAGAAUGUGACGACUGCUGAUAGUGGAACAUACGAGUGUUAUGUCGUCCACAAUCGGAGAGGCAGUUUGAAGCUCAUCAACAUCGUCAGCCUGAGUGUUGAUCCUCCAGAUCAAGCUGGAGGACACACAGAGGUUGGAGAGAAGAAGGAUGGAGUCAGAAGAGGACGUCCUGGACUGAUAGCUGGUGUGAUAGUUUUUGGUGUGAUGGUUGCUUUGGGCUUUUUUGCACGAACAGCGGGAAUCUCCCGAACAUCUGUGAACACCUUGGCCAUGUGA